UGACACUUGGAAUGUGCACGAUAGUACAAAAAUGUCAACUUGUAUAAAAUAUUGUGUCUGUUUUGUGUAAUUUUUUAAAUAUUAGAUACUCGAAAAAUUAUUGAAAAUGCCGGAAAUAAUGAUAUUAGGUAUUCCGGUCACAUUCCCAUUUGAACCUUACGAUGUGCAGAAGGCAUACAUGGAGAGAGUAAUCGAGAGUCUUCAGAACAAUACGAAUGCCGUACUGGAGUCUCCGACUGGGACAGGCAAGACUCUGAGCCUUUUGUGUUCGUCACUAGCAUGGCUGCUUGUAAAAAAGGCGCAGUUGCAAAUGAACGCACAGUUAGGAAACUUUUCAGACCACAGUGGUGCAAGUGGUUUAAGAGAUACAUUGAAAGCUGGAGCUGGCAAAUCUAAAGACAACACAUCGUGGGGAAUGCCAAAAAUUAUUUACUCGUCACGAACACACUCGCAAUUAACUCAAGCUAUGCAGGAAUUAAAGAGAUCAAGCUACAAACACGUUAAGGCUACAGUUUUAGGAUCAAGAGACCAGAUGUGCAUCCAUCCUGAAGUUUCUAAAGAGACAAAUAACAUGAACAAGGUACAUAUGUGUCAGUUACGUGUAAAAUCAAGAACAUGCAUUUUUCAACAAUGUGGAAUCAAAAAGGAUGAUAGGUCUGUGAAAGGUGAUGAAAUCUUGGAUAUUGAGGACUUGGUUACAGUUGGAAAGAAAUUAAAAUGUUGUCCAUAUUACUUAUCAAAGGAGUUGAAACAGGAUGCAGAUAUCAUUUUCAUGCCAUACAAUUAUUUAUUAGAUCCAAAAUCAAGGAAAGCUAAUGGCGUAGAGUUAAUGAACAAUAUAAUUAUUUUAGAUGAAGCUCACAAUGUUGAAAAGAUGUGUGAGGAGUCUGCAUCUUUACAGAUUCGUACUACAGAUGUUGCAUUGUGUAUAGAUGAAAUAACUCAUGUCAUGAGAUCUUUCAGUGAAGCAUCAGAUGAACAAAUUGAUAUGACUGUUGAUAACAGUCAACCAAAAGAUUUUACUUGUGAUGACCUUUGUGUUUUAAAAGAAAUGAUGCUAGCAUUAGAAAAAGCUAUUGAUGAAAUUACCAUAGGCAAAGAAGGCUCAACAUACCCUGGAGGUUUUAUAUUUGAGCUGCUUUCAAAAGCUGAAAUCAGAGAUCAUAAUCAGAUGUCUGUUAUUACACUAAUAGAAAAUCUUAUACAAUAUCUAUCAACGGCCAGUGCUUCACCAUUUCAACGAAAAGGUGUAGGAUUACAGAAAAUUGUUGAUUUAUUAAAUGUUGUUUUUAGUGGCACAACACAUUCAUAUAAAGAAAGAGUCAAAUUGUGUUACAAAGUCCACAUUCAGAUAGAAGAUAAAAAGAAUAAUAAGAAAACUGAAGGCUGGGGGGCAUUGAAAGCUUCAAACUCAAAAUCUGCAGAGAGAGUUCUGAGUUAUUGGUGUUUCAGUCCAGGAUUUGGCAUGAAACAACUCUUAGACCAAAAUGUGAGAAGCAUUAUACUAACUAGUGGUACACUGGCUCCAUUGAAGCCAUUAAUUUCUGAAUUGGGUAUUCCUGUUGGAGUGAGGUUAGAGAAUCCACACAUUGUGAAGUCUAAUCAGAUAUGUGUAAAAAUUAUUGGCCAGGGUCCUGAUGGCACACAACUGAACUCAAAUUAUCAGAACAGGGACAACCCAAAAUACAUUUCUGCUUUAGGAAGAACAAUAUUGAGUUUCUCUAGGGUAGUGCCGGAUGGUCUUCUAGUCUUCUUUCCAUCUUAUCCUAUUAUGACAAAGUGUCAAGAAAUGUGGCAAUCUGAGGGUAUUUGGUCAGGCAUAAAUAACAUCAAACCAAUAUUUGUUGAACCACAAAGAAAGGACACAUUCAAUGCCAUUAUAACUGAUUAUUAUAGUAAAAUAAGUGAUCCUAGUACAAAAGGAGCCUGCUUUAUGGCAGUUUGCAGGGGUAAAGUUUCUGAGGGUUUGGAUUUUGCUGACAUGAAUGGCAGAGCUGUCAUUAUUACUGGCUUACCUUUUCCACCUCUUAAGGAUCCAAGGAUUGUUUUAAAGAAGAAAUACUUAGAAGAGUUAAGAGUCAAUCAGAAGGAAUUCUUAUCAGGAGAUGAGUGGUACUCAUUAGAAGCUACCAGAGCUGUGAAUCAAGCUAUAGGAAGAGUAAUUAGACAUAAGAAUGACUAUGGAGCUAUAUUGUUAUGUGACACAAGGUUUAACAGUCCAAAAUUAAAAAGUCAGCUCUCAGCUUGGUUACGUGAUUAUAUUAAAGUUUCCAAUAAGUUUGGGGAGACUGUGAGUGAAGUAUGUAGGUUUUUCAAAACAGCUGGAUCAACGUUACCAUCACCUAAAUUAAAGCCUUUACUUCCUCAUGAAUCUAAUAUAAUAAGCAAAGAUAGUGGGUUUGUUAAUAUAAGUGGAGUAUCAUUCCCAGCAACAAACAGCAGGGUUGUAAAAUCAUCAGGGAAAAAGUCUUUAAGUCAAUACCCCAACUCUAAUGAAGUGUAUGCAGAUUUUUCAAUGGAUUUCUACAAGAAUGCACAAUCAUCAGCUUAUGUAAAUGAGUUUAAGCCAAAGGAAACCAAAGAUUUGUUCAGUGCUAUAAACACCAAUAAUGAUACUAACAAAUCCACUUCACAAUCCUUAGUAACUAUACAUAAAAGAAAUGCUGAAGAUGUCAGUGUAUCUAUGGCAGCUAAGAAGAAGAAAUUAAAGAUAAAACCUUUUGGCUUUGAAGAAAAUUUGAAAAAAGAAGAGUCUGAGAUGAAAGUGGAAAAAGUGGCUCCAACAUCUUUAAUAGAUUUUGUUAAGGAAAUCAAGGUGCUUCUGCAGGCAGAGCAAUAUAAAGAAUUUCAGCUGGCAAUAUCAGCUUACAAAAAGGAGGGGAAUUAUCCAAAGUUUUUAAAAGUAUUGACUGAUUUAUUUGAAAAUAACAAAAUGAUUUAUUUAUUAAAGGGCAUGAAGAGGUUCCUCAAGGAAGAACAUAAGGCAACAUUUCAAGAAUAUUGUGAUAAUAUAAAUCUAAUUUAGUGACAAUUUAUAUGUAAUUUAAUGGAUUUGAGACUAAUUAUUUAUUAUAGACCAUAAUUUUAUGAGCA